GCACAUCUAGCACUUUCUCGGGCAAUAGCGCACUGUCUGGCCCUCUACCGAAACAACCCAGCGAUCUCAGGGGCUGGACCUAGAAACGUCUGGAUAUGAACUCGAAUCAUCUGGAUCCAUUUUCCGCGGUCGGCGCUGGUACCAAACACAAACAGAUCCAAGAUGCCAAGGAUAUGUACCAGGUGGUCGUGGACCGCGCCGCCAGAACAAAUACCGCUGUUCCCGACUAUGAGUUCAUUGAACUCAUCGGAAAGGGUUCUUUCGGAAGAGUUUACAAAUGUAAAAACAAUGCUACACAGGAUCUGGUGGCCGUGAAAAUCAUCGAUGUUGACGAUCUGGACUACAAACUCGAUCUCGACCAAAAGGAUGAAGCCAUUGAGGAUUUCAGAAAGGAAGUGAAGACGCUAAAACUCCUAAGAGACAGCCAGGCCAAGAACAUCAAUUACAUUCAAGAGGCCUUUGAUCUACAUUCUCAACUUUGGAUCGUCAGCGAUUACUGUCCCGGUGGUAGCGUUCAUACUCUCAUGAAAGCCACUCCUGGUCCUGGCCUUGAGGAAGACUACAUUAUUCCGAUUGCGCGAGAACUUGCAGUGGCGCUCAAAUAUGUACACGAUGCUGGUGUCAUCCACAGAGACGUCAAGUGCGGCAACGUCCUCAUUUCAGAGGAUGGCCAGGUCCAACUCUGCGAUUUCGGCGUGGCAGCUAUCAUCGAAACAGAGGCUUCGAAACGAUCCACUAUCAUCGGAACGCCGUUCUGGAUGCCUCCAGAGAUGCACUCUAUGGAUAUGGCGGUCCAACAAGGCUAUGGCACUGAGGUCGAUUGUUGGGCUUAUGGCUGCACCGUCUACGAAAUGGCCACAGGAAUGCCUCCAAACCACAAGUUCCAUCCCUCCAUGUUGAGGACGGUGCUGAAAGCUGCACCGCGGUUACAAGAGGGCGACUACUCGCAAGGCCUAAGAGACUUCAUCGCGUUCUGUCUUGAGGAAAAGCCUCAGAAUCGACCCACCAUGAACGCCAUCCUGGAGCACCCAUACAUCUCAGGCACAUCAGAUCAGCAUCCUACUGAGACAGUCAGACAGAUGAUCGAUCGAUACUUCCAAUGGGAAAGAAGAGGUGGUCAGAGAGCCUCAUUAUUCAACCCGAUGGGCGCUGCGGCCCCUCAACCUUCUGAACAACGCGAUGACUACGACGACUGGAACUUCUCUACCUCUGCAGACUUUGAGAAUGAUUUCGUCAAGCGAUACAGCCAACUUGGCAUUGCAGAAACCGAUUUUGCAGCCACCAAUAAUGGCAUCGAAGAGGUGGUGCCUGCUCUCAACAACGUCACGAAACCUCACCCCAGAAACCCAUUCCACGAGGCUCAAGAAGAGGCUAGGGCCAAGCGAGGAGAGCGCUCAAUGGGUCGACUUUUCAAUACAAAUGCGGACCCUUACGACUACAACACACUCAUGGAGGAUGAAGAACUACCAAUGUCAGAUCUUCCGCUCCGCAACCUGUCCAGCGAUCGAGCGGCCAACAGAGAGACCCUGAUCGACUUGGACAUGGGCGCUGCGGGAUUAGACGUUCAACCGACUUUCAACUUUGAUUUUAGCGACGUACCUACGCUUAAGGCAGCGAGGCCGAACCGCAUGUCAACACUGAUGGCCGACGAUGACGAUGAUCAGAAUGACUUCUACGACGGACAAGAUCAAGAUGCACGACGAGCAACUAAGGAUUGGCAGUUUCCUCUGCAAAAUAUGCCAGCGGACAACCCCAGCCGUCGCACGCAAGACUGGACUUUUGCCAUGGCACAGCCACCUGCAGCUGACCGCAAAACCAAAGAUUGGUCGUUCGCUACUGCCCAGCCAGCAGCUGAUCGCAAGACAGCAGACUGGUCGUUCGUCACAGCUGGGCCAGCUGCCGAUCGAAGGACCCAAGACUGGACAUUUGCAGAGGUAGCGGAGCCUCUGACCGCGGAGCCAGACCGUCGAACAGCAGAUUGGACAUUCGCAACAGCAGAACCAGCCAUGUCAGGUGAACCAGACGCUGAGCCGGACUUCUCUUUCCCUCCGAUGAAAGACGAGACAGACAUUGCACCCGGCUUCAGACCUCACCUGACACGUACAGCCACGGAACCAAUUGGGCAAUUCAACGACUUUCUACAUCCCCCUGUUGGCUCGGCAGUGAAAGAUGAUUUCGACAUAGCAAGUGUGCGCGAAUCGAAACCAAUCAUCGACCUUGAUCUAGGAAUGACUUUCGAACCUAAGUUCGAUCUAGAGAGUGCCAUCUCUCAUCAGUCACAACCAAGUAUAACAGCAUCGUCCCCCGUCAUCAGUGCGGCAGGAUCUACCGAAACGUCACGUAACCCAUUCUUUCUGGAUGAGGUCGAACCACCCAGUGGCGAUGAAGUUAAGCGCUCAUCGCAUCGUCAGUCGCGUUCCGAACCCCAGCUUCUGGCAUCGAAUAACGUACUACACUCCCGAGGCCCAAGCAAUGUAUCACUACUGCGCCACUCCCGGGACCGAGGAUAUUCCUACUCAUCCACAGCAUCUUCGGAUGUCCCAAGUGGAAGCUGGCCGCGAGACUACAACCGCAGAAUGGAGGCACACACUAGGCAGCAGCUUCUUGAUGGACUGCAUACUUCUGCGAUUGCAUCACGCAACAGCUGGGCUCGUUUCGCGGCAGCAGACUCCUUGGAUGAUACCGAUAUCGAGACGCCAAUGGCCGAUCCUGGUAUACGCGUACCAGGAAUCGAUGAUGCGGAUUUCCCGCUUGCAGGACUGAAGCCCUCACCACGCAUUGAUGCUUUCAAUGUAGACACGGAUGAAAGCACGUACGGCGAUCUCACUAUGCCCCGCAACCGAGCACGCGCAGACACAGGAGCAGUCGUCUGCUAAACGAGUUCCCACGAUUGUCAGCACCUGACGCAGAAGUAAUGAUCGAUGGUGCUGACUCGGAACUUGUCUUCCAAGAGAUGGAUCGAUUGUUUGCCGAUCUGGAAGGUGGACUCAGUCUGGCUGCGGAGCUGUUUCAGCGUCGCGAUAGAGACAUCUUUCGCGGUGGAAGAGAAGAAGGAGAAGAAUAUGAAAGGCAUGUCAAAGGAUUUGGCAGCGAAGGAGAGGGGGUAAUGUGAUGGACGAGGAAAAACGCAUGAUAUUAGACAAAGAUUCUCUACAGCGAAGAUACCCGAACGGCUUGUAAGAUAGAUGGUGGUCUUGUAAAACACGCUUUUCUUUGCAGCGACAUCUGAAAGUCAAUUGUUCUUGUCGAUAGUGAUGGAGUUAUCACGGAGAUUAGC